AUGUAUGUGCAGAGAAUUUGGGAGCCGUGGCACUUGGCGCCGGCGGGCUGUUUGAAUGAGAAAGCACACAGGUCAGCUAACCUGCACCCCUUUCCCCCUCCCGCGGACACAGCUUCCCCCACCAGGACGCCAGUGGCCGCCCCUCCCGGCCCCUUCCACGACAAGACACGCCCGCGUGGUCAGCCCGGCGCGCGGCUCCCUGCGACGACUUGCGCGCCGCCCAGCGGCCGGCGCCUCAACGAACGGGACACGGGAGCAGAACAGAGCAGGCGCGGCCCGGAGGCCACGGCGACGCACACCCGACCCAGCGCCCCCGCGACGCCGACGCCGGCGGCCGGCCGCACGGCACCGCAGCCGCCGCGGCGCGCGCCACUCGCCACCGGACACUGUAGCGCGACGCUGCGCGCUCGACGUGCCGAUAUAAAUCAGGUGGGGGAGUGA